AUGGGGGAAAAUCAAUUGUCCACACACGAGGCUGCAUCUGCAAGGCAGAAGAAAGUGGACGAUUGGUUGCCAAUAACGUCUUCCAGAAACGCUAAAUGGUGGUAUUCCGCGUUUCACAAUGUAACAGCCAUGGUCGGUGCUGGUGUACUCAGCUUGCCCUAUGCCAUGUCCAACCUAGGAUGGGGACCUGGAGUGACAGUCAUGAUUAUGUCAUGGCUGAUAACGUUUUACACCAUAUGGCAAAUGGUGGAGAUGCACGAGAUGGUUCCAGGGAAGAGGUUCGACAGGUACCACGAGCUGGGACAGCACGCAUUUGGAGAGAAGCUUGGACUAUGGAUUGUGGUGCCACAACAGCUAAUUGUUGAAGUAGGUGUGAACAUUGUGUACAUGGUGACGGGAGGAAAGUCAUUGAAAAAAAUCCAUGACCUUCUUUGUACUGAUUGCAAAGAGAUAAGAACUAGCUUUUGGAUUAUGAUAUUUGCUUCCGUACACUUUGUUCUCUCUCACCUUCCUAAUUUUAACUCCAUAUCGGGUGUCUCCCUCGCUGCAGCCGUUAUGUCCUUAAGGUAA